CUCAAUCCUUCGCUUUCACACAACGACCAGCUCAUCAUUGAUCGUUUCUGGCACGACUCAUCUUUUUCCAAGCAUUUGUCUUCUCUGUGCUGCUUUCGUGACAUCAAGGCAGCUUCACGCUUUGUAUACUUUUAAAGAUAUCAGAUAAGGUGUGGUGGUGAGCGAGUUGUACGUAUAGUCGAGGAAGGCCAUUGUGUUGUUGGUCAAUGAUUGGAUAAGACGCAACCAAGAAAUCUCGCCGACUAUCGAUUGUUCUCCACGUAUCAUCCCCUCGGUGCAGGCUGUAUGCCAGCUCUUCCGACGUAUAUUAGAACGGCAAUUAAUCCAAAGGACCUUGGAUUAACAAUACAAGCAAUGUCAGAUCAACGAAAAGACGCUGCCGCUGCAUGGGAACGUUUGUUGAGUAACGGUUCCGUAUCACUGCCACCGGAUAUUCUAGAAGCCGUACGGAGGCAACAUGUAGUGCCGCGUACGCCAUUGGAUAACCAAAACCUGCAAAAUUGGUCUCCGUUUCUCCAGCGGCAGCCAAUGGCUCAGCAAGAUCCUGCAGCUUCCAUCGCUGGACAUGCAACUCCUCAACAAAUUUCUAAUGCAUUGGAGUUACCGCAAGGAACACACAUGUUGCACUCAGCAAACCCACCUCUUUACUCUUCUAUACAGCCUCCGACAAGCCAACAUCCAGGUCUUACUCAUCAUACCUUUCAGAGCUCAAUAACCAACCUUCCUCAAUCCGUUAAUCCGGCUCUUUUGAGCAUUGCUCAACCAUUACCUACUGGAAUAUCCAGUGACCCGCCCUUUAUAUCUCAAGCUUCCCUUCCGCCGUUUCCGCAGCAAGAGAGAACACAACUUCCGUUUGUACAGCCUCUGUACGCUCACAAGCGCCCUAGUAAUUCUCCUUUACCUACGUCUUCAGCAGUCAAGAAACAAAGGACUGUGGAGGUUGUGGACCUUUCUCAGUCACCCCCAGCUAACUCGCAACAUCCGUUAACGUCCGCCGCGAGUCAGUCAUCAGUCGACAGUAGACAGGCACGUUCGCCUUUAAAGCAGGCAACUGGGCCACCACCAACCACUCAGGGCACUUUGGAUCCGUACUUGGCCGCACCAGGUGAAAAUGGGCAUUAUCAGGCUUUUACAGGCAAACAUAUACCGCCACCGUUUUCACAUGAACCUUCGGUUGAGGAAGCAAAGAAAGCCGAAAUCAGCAACGGAGCUGUGGCAAGUAGCUCUAAGUCGGUACCUUCCAAGGCUCUCCCUGCUCCCAACUCUAUCGUUGAUAUGUCCACAAUUCGUUCUCUCAUCAAUACAGAGAUUCUCAAGAAGAGCAAUAGCCCUGGGUCGCUUUUCAAGCAUCUAAGAAUGCGCGGAGAAGAUGAUAAGGAGCCCCCUUCAUUCACCCCCAACCCUGAUGAACUUCUAGAAAUCCUUAGUCAAUUACGGGACCAUGCUCCCGGAGCUUACUUGGCCAAAAUGGCAGAUAAUGAUAGAUAUGUACAAGUGUGGCAAAGAUGGUUAAAGCAAUGUCGUAAAGAACCUGAAAUUUGGGAAAAAGUUAUGGUACCAUUGCUGGAGGUUCUUUCACGGACGGAAAUGCCAUUAGAAACUGCAAAAGAGUAUGGUUUGAACAAACACGCAAUGAGUCUGCCUCCUCUGGCAAAGAAGAAAAAUCUCUCUAGCGCGGAUGCCAUUCAGACAGCUUUCGACAAAUAUUCGAAGUACCUCUUAGCAGUACACAAACGACAUCAAGAAGCCAAUGCUAAGGCGAAAGAGAACAAGUCGACUGAGUCCAGCAAUGCAGGUACUAAAAGAAAGGCCGAUCAAGUCAUCAAGGACGACGGCAAAGUCAAGGAAGAAUCCUCUACCAAACGUCCAGCGAUCAAGACCUCCAACUCAUCUACCAAAGCUUCUUCUGUCUCUGGCACGCCCAAGUCCUCAACAAAAUUAUCUACUGUUUCCGAUAUGUCGUUCUUCUCUGCUCCUGCUGCAUCGCAAACUCCGAAACCUAAACCGAAACCCACCUCGUCUUCUUCAAAACCUAUAGCUUCCCAGGCAUCAGCUGUGUCGUCAUCUGCCAAAAGCUUUACUCUUGGUAAUUUCCUGGCCACUAUGAACAAUAAGCAAGGUACUGCUCAGAAUCCGACCACUGAAAUCAAGAAAGAGUCUAAAGAGCCGAGAUAUACUACGAAGGGCAGGUUAAUAAGAUCGGUCAGAUGGAAAGAGGACGCACAGUUGGAAGACGUUCGAGAAUUUUCGCCGGCUGCGUGGGAGAAGGAACUGAUGGGACACGGACCAAAAGUCAGUGUUCAUGAGUUGGACAUGCAAGAAGGUGCGAUGUUGGCGAUGAACCGAAACAGGGGAGAUAUCGAUUGGUAUGAACCUACUAUGUAUCUUGAAAAACCAUCCAAUUUCCCAAUAAUCACUGAAGAAGUACAAUACCAGCUGGAGCGUGAGCGUGGUAUCCUAUCCGUACAGUAUCUCGCUGGCGAGGUGAUUCCUGAUCCCGUCGAGGACAAUGUUCGCACUGUGGAGGAAGAUGAGAGUACUCGGCGUAUGAACCCUGCUGUUGUCGCUGAAGACUCUCAGAAGAGCAUAAUGUUAGAAUCCGCUCCGACUGCAACUUCUGUCCAGUCAUUGUUGGCCAACCUUCAGGGCAUACCCUUACAACAAUCUCAUAUUCACGACCAGCCACAUUACUCCGGAGCUGGUCAACCUGCAAUGGCUUUCACUGCCAACCCCGCGACAGCUUUUCCGGCCUAUUAUGCAGAACAGCUUUCUACCGGAUGGGGGGCACCGCCAGUUCCUGCCUCGUCCACUGCAGGUGUUGAGCAAUAUUGGGAGCAACGGGAUCCGUAUGACCAUUCGCAAUCAAGUUCGAAAGGAAAAGGAAAAAAGAAGAGAGGCUCUUGGCAGAUAGAAAAGAAGGGGACAAAAACAUGCCAGUACUGGCUUCAGGGAGACUGCAAAUAUGGGGACAGCUGCCACUUCGCCCACACUACCGACUUAUAGUGACUUAUGACUGGGUCAUGGAAAUGGAUUGUAUUUUAUCAUAGUCGGAUUGGGUGACUUCAUGUGUUUAACGAGUUAUGUAUUCUGCUAUCAUGG